CUUAAUUCUUAAUCCAAUAUUCCUGUUAUACUUGAACCAUGGUACCCAUUUUUGAAAAUGGAACGUUCAACAAGAUUCUAUCCUGCUGGAAGAUUCCCUUCAUAUUCCUUUGGGUGGUCAUUCUAACACUCUCUUCGCCUCAAGUUGCUGGUUAUUCCAGAAUCCCUUCUUUGGUCCCUGCUCCCACCACUGCUACGUUUCAUGAUCAAGCUGCAGCUGAAGACAGUGAAGCAAAUGCUCUGUUAAAGUGGAAACACAGCCUUGAAAACCAAAGCCAAUCUCUCUUGCCAACUUGGACAGGUACUACUACUCCAUGCAAAUGGGAAGGAAUUCAGUGUGACAAAUCCAAGUCAGUUUCCAGCAUAAAUCUUGCAAAUUAUGGUUUAAAAGGUACACUCCAAACUCUCAAAUUUUCCUCAUUGCCCAACCUCCUCAGCCUAAAUAUCUACAGUAACUUCUUUUAUGGAACCAUUCCCCCACAAAUUGGUAACAUGUCCAAAGUAAAUGUUUUGAACUUUUCUGCAAAUUCUUUUGAUGGUUCCAUCCCGAAAGAAAUAUGUACAUUGAGGAGUUUGCGUAGGCUUGAUCUUUCCAUAUGCCAACUAAGUGGACCAAUUCCUAAUUCCAUAGCAAACUUGUCCAACCUAUUAUAUCUAGAUUUAGGAAGGAACAAUAUUUCUGGCUCCAUUCCUCCGGAGAUUGGAAAAUUGAACAGCUUGAAGUUUCUAGGUAUUGGAGUUAAUGCCAUUUUGGGUUCCAUUCCCCAAGAAAUUGGAUUGUUGACAAAGCUUCGGUAUAUUGAUAUGUCACUUAACUCUCUCUCUGGUGCCAUCCCCAAAACAAUUGGUAACCUCAGCAGUUUAAAUGAACUUUACCUUGCUAAUAACACUAUACUGUCUGGGCCAAUCCCACCCUCUUUAUGGAACAUGUCUAACUUGACCAUUCUCCAUCUUUAUGGCAAUAAUCUUUUUGGAUCAAUUCCUAAUUCCAUAGAAAACUUGGCCAAUUUGGAUGAACUUGUACUUAAAGCCAACCACUUUUCUGGAUCCAUCCCUUACACUGUUGGAAACUUGACAAAGCUCACCUCAUUAUACUUAGGCUCUAAUGAUCUUUCUGGAUCAAUUCCUCCAUCGAUAGGGAAUCUGAUCAAUUUGAAUGCCCUCAGUCUCCAAGAAAACAAUCUCUCUGGAUCUAUUCCUGCAACAAUUGGAAAUUUGGUAAGGCUCACCAUCCUGGCAUUGUCCUCCAACAAACUUAGUGGUAGCAUUCCAGAGGUCAUGAAUAACAUUACCAACUUGAAUAGGAUGUUAUUAGACAAUAAUGAUUUCACUGGCCGCUUGCCACCUCAAGUCUGCUCUAGUGGGUCAUUAGUGUUCUUCAAUGCUCAACACAACCGUCUAACGGGUCCAGUACCUAGAAGCUUGAAGAACUGCUCUAGCAUUCAAAGACUCAGGCUUGAGGGAAACCAACUAGAAGGAGAUAUAGAGCAAGAUUUUCGUGAAUAUCCAAAUUUGAAAUAUAUUGAUCUGAGUGACAAUAAAUUUUAUGGCCACAUUUCGCCAAACUGGGGGAAGUGCCCUAAUCUUAUUACCUUCAAGAUAUCCAACAACAGUAUUUCUGGUGGUAUACCUAUAGAACUUGUUGAGGCAACCAACCUUGGCAGCCUUUACCUUUCUUCCAAUCACUUGGUUGGAGAGAUUCCAAAGGAGCUUGGGAAAUUGAAGAACUUAGUGGAACUCUACAUCAGCAACAAUCAUUUUUCAGGAAACAUUCCCACAAAAAUAGGAUUACUGCAGAAUCUUCUAGAGUUGGAUCUAGCAGGAAACCAGUUGAAUGGCACAAUACCAAAGGAAGUCGUGAGUUUGCCCAAAUUAGUGAAAUUGAAUUUGAGCAACAACAAAAUAACAGGAAGCAUUCCCUUUGAGUUUGGCAAAUCACAAUCUCUUGAUACUCUUGAUCUUAGCAGGAAUUUGCUGAGUGGAAUAAUACCAACAGUGCUUGGAGGUAUGAUUCAUUUGCAAUGGUUGGAUCUCUCACACAAUAAGCUUUCUGGCACCAUUCCAUCCAGUUUUGAUGACAUGCCAGGCUUGAUUUCGGUCAACAUAUCAUACAAUCAGUUAGAAGGGCCUCUUCCAAAAAAUCAAGCCUUUCUUAAUGCUCCAAUUGAGUCAUUGAAAAAUAACAAAGGCUUGUGUGGUAACGUCUCUGGCUUGGUUCUUUGUCCAACCUACCACAGUCGAAAGAGCCACAAGGUGAUCCUACAGGUACUAUUCAUCAUCUUGGGUGCUCUAAUACUAGUACUUUGUGGGGUUGGAGUUUCAAUAUGUAUUCUUUGUCGAAGAGCAAGAAACAAAGAAAUCCAGACUAAAGAAGCACAAUCAGAAGAACUCUUUUCCAUAUGGAGUCAUGAUGGAAAAAUGGUGUUUGAAAAUAUCAUUGAAGCUACCAAUAAUUUUGAUGACAAAUAUCUCAUUGGAAAAGGAGGACAAGGUUAUGUUUACAAGGCUGAGUUGCCUUCGGGUCUGGUUUUUGCGGUGAAGAAAAUUCAUUCAGAAACAAAUGGAGAGAAGCCCAAUUUUAAAGCUUUUGAAAAUGAAAUUCAAGCUUUGACAGAGAUCAGGCACCGUAACAUCAUAAAGCUGUAUGGUUUUUGCUCACAUUCAAGGUUCUCAUUCUUGGUUUAUAAGUUCUUAGAAGGUGGUAGCUUGGAUCAGAUACUAAACAAUGACACACGAGCAAAUGCAUUUGAUUGGGAAAAGAGGAUGAAUGUUGUUAAAGGUGUGGCCAAUGCUUUAUCUUACAUGCAUCAUGACUGUUCACCUCCAAUAAUUCAUUGUGACAUAUCAAGCAAGAAUGUUCUUUUGGAUUUAGAAUAUGAAGCUCAUGUCUCUGAUUUUGGGACAGCCAAGUUUCUUAAGCCUGAUUCACAAAGUUGGACCACAUGUGCUUACACAUUUGGUUAUGCUGCACCAGAGCUUGCCCAGACAAUGAAAGUGAACGAGAAAUGUGAUGUUUUCAGUUUUGGAGUACUUUCUCUAGAAAUCCUAAUGGGAAAGCAUCCAGGAGAUCUCAUUUCUUCAUUGUCAUCAUCAUCAACAGCAUCAAUGACUUAUGAUUUGCUAUUGAUUGAUGUGUUGGACGAACGGCCUCAUCAACCUGUGAAGCCAAUUGUUGGGGAUGUCAUCUUGAUUGCAAGGUUGGCAUUUUCUUGCUUGAAUGAAAAUCCAUCUUCUCGCCCAACCAUGGAUCAAGUCUCUAAAGAGCUUGCGAUGAGAAAAUCACCUUUGAAGGACCAGUUCCCCUUGAUCAAACUUGGACAACUCCAAUAAAACAUUGAACUACUUUAAGCAUUUUGUUUUUCUUGUUUUCUACUAUGUGUGACGCCACCAUCUUUUAUCUUAUGUUGUAAGCUUGUUUGUUUUGUCUUUGUGUACUCAUGUAUUACUUACUAGUUAUCUUUUGUGGGAAGUCCUCAGUGG